AUGUGUUACUUUGAGCAGACUCGAUGGGCAUGUGGCUACUGGCGCUGGGGCCACUUCCGUCAGCAAUGCAACAAGGAAUACCGUAUGGGCGAGACGUGCGGACUCAAGCUCGUCUACGAGACGAGGGAGGAGCCGGGAAUGUGCAAGCUUUGCCUCGAGAUUGAGAAGAAGCAGCGCCGCUAUGACAAGAUGUUCCGCAACGUCGAGCGAUGGCAGCGCGAUGGAAGCCUUCCUGCCACCGUCGAGCGCACGUGUGGCGAGAUGGAUGAAGUGCUCGCCCAGAUCAACCAACGCAAAGAAGAGCAUCUCCAGAGGCUACAAUCCCUCGGUCAGCCAACCACCCCCUACCUCGUGUAA